GUGCUAAAAUGUAAACUAUUAAAAGGGAACAUCGAAAAUGCGCAAAUUCGAAAAUUAAAUUACACCACGUCAAAAAGGAACCAAGCAAAUUUUCACCACCUCAUAAAGGAACGGCUAAUCUAUGUAUGCGCAGAUGUUUUUUGGCAUGCGUAUUAAGGAAAAUUGGAAUAACAAAAAGAAAUAAUAGAUUUUGAAGAACAUUUAUAUAGUGUGGGAAAAAUUAAAAUAAAUGUAAUAAAAAAGGUAUAUAAAAAUUAAAAAAUGAACAAAACUUCAUCUGUAAUAUGGUUCGAACUCAGGCAAAAUAUUUGAUGUAAAUUAGCAAUAAGGAGCUGUGAUAUACAAGCAGCACUAAAAACACUAAAUACAUAUAGUAGUUUAAUCUGUGAACUCAAAAAGCAAUUUUCGUUUUUUUGUUUCAAAUGACCAAUUUGAAUUGAAAAUAUACAGAACAUACAAUAACUGUUAUACGUUCUCUGGUCAUACAGUAUAGAAAUAGUGAAAGCGACAUAGCAACAAAAACAAAUCUAUAAAGCAUUUGACGUCACUGGUGUAAUUGUAUUUUUUCAAUUCCUGGUCACAUCUUUCAUCGUCUAAACUGAAAAAGGAAGGGUAAAAUCUUGGCGUAAUCUCAGUCUCGAAUCAUUCUUGAAAUCUUUGACUGGGCUGGGCUUAGGCAAAUUUCGGUAUAUAAUAAGCGUAUACAAAAUAUCCUUUGUCCAAGUCAACAUAACUUACGGAUGUGGAUAUAUUCAUCAUGGAGGGUUUCAUAAAAACCGACUUUAUGAAUUUUGAUAUAUUAAUACAUGUUACAUGUUAGCUAAUUCAAAACUAGUAAUUUUGAAAACGUUCUAUCUGAAUAGGAAAAUACAAUUUUAAUAUUUUUCGCUUAGCUAAAAUUUUUUUGUAAAUACGUAACAUUUGCUACUACUUACAAAUUUUUUUAAAGGGGUAAUUUGGGAAACAAGGAAACUAUAUUUGCCAAAAUUUAGUGUAUCUAAACUAAUGUAUUUAAGUGCCGCAGAUACUAAGGAAAUUGCUUGAUUAACUUUUAAUUUUUGUUGCGCGUUCGAUUCAUUAUUAAAUCUUCCUUGAAUGCUAAAAGUGAUUAAGCCCACAUCCGUUUUAUGGGUAUUAAUAUAUUUCUGUUGGCAAUACUACGUACAUAUGUAUAUGAAAUGGAAAAGGAAAUGACGGGUAUUGUGUUAAGGGUGGUUUACAAAUUUUUCUCACCUUCAAUAUUUAUCAUAGCAACAUAAUGUCAAAACUGGGUUUUAUAAAUUAUAAUUAAUUUACGCGAUUAUUGAUAGCCAAUAACAAAGAAUAUAUCACUAAAAGACGUACCUACAUAUACAUACAUAAAAGUGAUUAAUAGAAGAUAAUAUACCUCGAAAUAGCACUUAUACUUGAAAACGAAAAUGAAAUGAUUUCCUUGAUUUUUAGUCUUUAUUGACCGAAAGACAAACCUUUCAUCGGCAAAAUAUCACUAAAAUCUACACAGUCACGAUAAAAUAUUCGGACUACCAAAGUUGUGAAGUUCAAUAAAAAAAAAUACAAAAGCGACAUUUUUAUUUCCUAUUAAUGGAUGAGGAAUUACGACAUACUUAUAAUCAAUGACAAACCGUUUUUAGGAAUGAAAAGAAAUGUUGCUGAUCCCUGCCAUUUUGAUGUUUAACAUCUUCCGUAUGCCGAAUCUUGUUAAUGCUCGCUUUUGUGAAGGAGGUCAUUACUGUUCAUUGCCGAGGGAAUGCUGUACUCAAGGAUGUUGUCCUCCGUACCAAAGUGGGCCUCGUCAAUUACCUCCAUCAUCAGAACAUGUCUUGAAUUUGUUUUUCAUAAGCCAUUGGUUUUUCUGGUGUGUGGUAGUUGCGAUUAUGUUGGCUUUACUCUGUGCAUAUUCAUUGUGGAAGAAGCGGCGAACACUUUGCGGUUGGGGAUUCACUGACCAUCGUGCUCAAUCUGAGGGUGACUCGGCAGGGUCCUGUUAUGCCCCGCCGCAAUACAGUCGCUGCAAUUCGUUUCAUCAUCCGCCGCCUCCAUAUACCGAGGUAACAUCGAAGCCGGAUCUUUAUCCACUUGUUUUCACAUGCAACAGCGACAAUACUAAAACUGGUUCCAGUUACCUCAUGGUACAAUAUUUUCGUAAUUAUAUUGUUCGGCCAAUUGGAUCAUUGUCUGCAGCUAGUACGAUAGAUUCUUUAAGUUCAAGCUUUAUUUGUAAUAUUAACGAAGCAAAUACUUUGGUACCACCACCAUAUUCUCGUGCAGCCAGCCCCGAAACUGGUUUUAGUUCACAUUUCCCCCAGGACUUUUUAAUACCGCGAUCUGCCUCCCAAUUAGUUUAUGGAAGUGGAGGUAAUGGAGGCAAUAAUAAUAUGGGUAUGCACGAUAUAAAUAGUGGUAUAGUCACUCAGCAAAUAUUUCAACAAAAUAGAGCUCCGCAUUUCACUGUAGUAGCACUAAAUGGCUCAGUUGGCGGGAAUCAAAACGACGUAGAUAUGGAAAAUACAACAAACUCAACAACACCGUACAGCACGAUUUUACAAACUUCGGUAGGUGAACAAUUCAAUUUCAAUGAAAAAUCGGUCGAGAACAAUUCCAAUCGUUCAAAUUCGAAUCAAAAUGGUAACCGUGAUGACAAUGGUAAUGGUAGUGAGGCUAGGAGUAAUCGGAGCAGUGGAUGCGCCAGCAAUUUUAGCGGUGGUUGUAUUCCAAAAGGUUUUAUACAAUCCCAAAGUGAACAGCAAUUUCGUUACUUUAACAAUAGCAGCAGCAGCAUUAGUGAUAUUUUUAUCAACAACAAUUCCGUAGACCGUUUGGAUGAUGGCUCUAAUGGAAAUGGUAGUAAAUCAUUUGAAGUAAUUAAUUUUGAUGAGACUGGAGUGAAACCUCAAGUUACAUUGGCUACUGGUGUCAAAGGUUUUACUACACAAUCUCAAUCAAUCAAUCAUGGAACAACUUUGAUUGUUAACAACGGAUACAUUAAAUCUAAACCACUACAUCAUACUAGAACAUUCCCUACUCAGCUUGUAAUCAACACCAGUAUACUGAAUCCGACGUAUAAAUCUUGCGAUUCAGUUGCUGGCUUUAAAGGAGCUACAAAUGAUUUGUCAGAGACAGAAUUGAAAGAUCUUAACUUAUUGAGGCAGAGUUUGGAAACAUGUUACCAUUUAUUAGAGAAACAACAGCAACAACCCCAAUCAUUGAUAAAUAACACAGAAUCCCUAUCAUGUCCUGUUAAUAAGAAUCUUAAUAAGUAUACUCCAGAUGAUUUAACAAAUUAUACAACUUCAGAUAAUUGCUCUGAUGUUAGUAGUCUUGCAAAUGCAUGCAUACCUAGCUCGCCUCCGCAAGCUACCAGUCCGACUGGCGAAGUAAAAGAUAUUCUCAAUCAAAUACGUCAGUGGCAGGAAGAAAUAAGCUAUGAAGAUCUGCUGCUUCAUAUGAAACCCGCGUUACGUCACACGUUAUCGUCACCAUCGAACACAACAGCUGGGAUGGUUAAGACAUCUAAUGCGUAUACACAGCGAAAAUUACAACGUAAUUCCGUUGCAUGCUGUGAAAUACAGUUAAACUCAAGUGUUAUUUGCCCUAAUAAUCCAAAGUUUUCUAAAACAACAGUUCAUUUAGCAACUUUACCAUUAGACAAGGCAAAAACAACAAUUACAGCUAAAGCACAAAACACACAAAGAUCGCCUAAUGUUACCGACAAUUUAUUAAAACGUCCCACAACAUUACACCAAAACAAAAUUAAACAUUUUAUUCUCAAAUCGAAUAAAUCUCUAUAUAUUCCAAUGAUUCCGAAUGAUAUAUCGUCGAAUUCGAGCAAAUUCCCAUUAAAGAGCCCGGUCAAUAGUAUAGUGGGCACAAAGUUUUUCGCUAGCAGAGGAGGUAAAAUGCGUAACAUUUUUCUAUCACGUUCAGCACCCUCAACACCAGGAACCGCGUUACCUCUGAAACCGUUAAGUGAUGAUAGUCCAUUACUACCAGAACAUGAUGAAGAUACGGAGACUGACCAAAAUUAAAAUAUUCAAUAUAAUGUUGAAAAAAUAUGAAAUUAUGUUUUUAGAAAUGAGGGGAACAAAUAGAAGUAUUUCGCACUUACAUUAUUAUUCAACAUUACUUUUUGCUAUACUAUAAUAUGCAUUUCCCUAUAUUGGAUGAAAUAAUCAAUUUCAACUCGAUAAUGUUAAACAAUGAAAUAUUUUGUUCAUAUAUAUUAUUCAAGUAAAUGAACCUUUGGAAACUACUUGAAAAUAUUUUAAUAAAAUAUUAAUAAAAACUUUUA